AUGUCGAGUUUAUCGCAACAGUUAAAGUCAAUAAACGAGAAGACAGCCUCUGUGGCGUUGGAUAGAAAAUCUCGUUCGAAGAUACAUUCAAAGUCACUUAUAUUUGAUCCCAAAAUUGCAUCAACUCAGGACUAUGAUUAUUUAUAUCAAAUCGGAUUAGAGGGUUUAGAAGACCUUAUUGAAAUAGAUUCUAGAUUUAGUAAAUUUAAACAAACGUUGUUUUCAGAAACUACUAUUAACUUGGAUAGAAAUGUUCAAACUCAAGAUACGUUGGAUCAAUUAAAUAAGAACGUUGAAGUUUUCUUGUCAUUAGUCAGUCCUUACUACUUAUUAACCCCUUCGACCAAGGCAGUUGAAUGGUUAAUUAGAAGAUUUUAUAUUAAUAUCCAUAACGGAGAAAUGUUAUUACUCACAAGUUUGCCGUUUUACAGUUCCCCAGUUUUCGUCAAAAUUUUGAAUGUCAUUCCAAAGAAUCAAUUCCCAAAGAUUUUUGAAUGGGUUGUUGGAUACAAGGAUUUAUUGAAGUCUCCUACUUCAAGUUCUAUUUUGAAGUCAUUCCAUAACGAUGCUAAGUUUUUCGAAUUAUAUUCCAAGUAUUUGAUGGAUCAGUUAAACAACCAUGCGGUUUUUAAGGAACAGUUAGUUUUCUAUUUGGCAAAUACUGUUCAGUUAGUUGCAUCGUUCACUCAUAAUUUGGGUCAGUUCGGCGAGACCUACUUACCAGUUAUCUUGGAAGUUGUCGGAAAAUUAUUAUUGGCAGAUUCAAAGUUGUCAUCUACUUUGCGUAAUGACAUAAGGUUAACCGCUUAUUCGAUAAUUUCGGUACUCUGUUCACUUGUUCCAUUGAGCCCUGAUUUAGUUAAAUCAUUUACGGAGUCAAUAUUGCAAGACCCAACUGCAUGCGACUCUAAUACACGCAAGCAAACCGUUAUCGUAUUAGGUCAGUUAUGGAAUUUUUACAAUGAAGAUAAUUUUGAAAUUGAUUGCUUUAAAAAUUUAUCUGCCUCAAAGUUGGUUCAAGAUGAUUUGUUGAAAAAUUUAAUUGACGAGGGAUAUAAAAUCAAUAAAUUCUUAGUGGUUUAUUUUGUAUCUAGUUUACCACAAAUCGAUGCAUUUAGGAUUUUAGACUUUAUUAAUGUGGACAGAUCUGAAACCUUUUUUAAGAUUGUGACUAGCAAAUUAUUGUAUUAUGCAUACAAUAAUCAAGAUGAAGUUAUAAGAGCGAAGUUAAUUGAAGCUUUUGAAUCUUUGUUAAAAACAGACAAAGAAUUGUUUGUUUAUGUUUUACAGAACUAUAAAGAUGGCUUGGAUAUAUCACAAUUAGAAAUGCAACUUAUGACUACCUUAGGUGACUCUAAUAUUGAAAAUAUCCACGAUGCAGAUAUCGAAUUAGAGGACGAAGAAGAAGAAGAAGAUCAAACAGUACUUGAUGUUGACUUCUCAGAUGUAUGUAAGAGCUUAGAAAAUUUUAAGACAUCUACUACUUCAUUUUUAAACAAAUCAUCCGAUGAAGAGUUUACCAAGUUAUUUCAGGCAUUUGCAGAAAAGUCCCGUUCGUUUAAUAUUAAGUCUCAAAGAUUAAUACUUGCAAGAUUCUCAAAGGUUGUCUUUGUUUCCGCUGAAUCUUCGAUCUCCUUUAUGUUGAGAGUUUCAUUUACACCAUCAGUACCUUUAUCAAUAAGACUUUUAGUUUUACGUUUUAUCAAAUUGAGAUUGAAAGAAUUGUCCUUGUCCGAAGAUAAAGUAGAUACAUACUUACUUGCUCCUAUUUUGCUCUUAGGAUUGUCCGAUACGAACAAAUCAAUUAGAGCAGGAUUCGCAGAAUUGCUAAGAGUAGUCAAAGAUACCACUCUGAAAUUUCAUGAUAGUAAGAAAAAAGUCAAAACUUCGUUAUUCAUGGAAGAUCAGAUUUAUGAUAAUACUGAACCUAGCAAGCGUGCUAUUAUUCCACCACAGGAUGGGUUAGAAAUGUUAAAUGUUUUAUUUGAGGAUUCAAAGUCAAUUUUAGACGACACUGUAAUUGAUAAAUCUCGCUUAAAUUACGUGCUCUUCCAGGUUUUAUUCAAAAGUCAAAAAUCUGGUCAAAAGAAAUUUGGUCAACUACUCUUGAAGACUUUUAUUUUGAAUCAAUGGGCUCUUCCAUUUUGGCCACUUGUCUUUAAGUAUAAAGUAUGGAAUAUAAUCAGUAUCGAGAAUAAUUCUAAUGGUGGGAAUGAUGAUAGAUUCUUUUUUAUCGAUACAGAUUUGACCGACUACUUUUCUGAUAGGGAUGACUUGACUGAACAAGCCAAGGUUUCAAAGAUCGAUUUUGAAAAUGACGUUGAAAAAACUAUCGUUGGAUUAGUAGGUGGUACAUCCUCUAAUGAUAAGAAUGUAAACAAGGAAGCUGAUUGGCUCUUGAAAGCACUUGAGGCUCCAAAUAAAUUACAAGUUGCUGCUGGUAAGAGGUUAUGCAGUGUAUUUACUUCUUUUACUUCUAUUGAUAUAAGAGCAAAACUAGUUAAUAAGUUGAUUGAAUUAUUGAUCAAUGAUGGUGACGAUAGCGAUAAUUUGGAAGUCGAUCCUAUAGAAGUAUUGCAGUUGUUAGAUAUGGAUCAUGAGACAAUUAUUUCUGUUUUAAGGAAUGUUCAAAUUGUUUCUCAAAUUCCCGAACAAGGUAUAGUUAAAAGGAGAAGAAGGUCAUCAAAUUCAACUAAGCAAGCUAUGGCCAGAGACGAUAUCAGUAGCAUUGCGGCUACUCAUUUGAAGAAAUUGACUAUCGUUUUAGAUCUAUUGGAAUUCAAUUUAAGAAAAAAGACUUCAGAUAUAGCAAAACCGGAUUUGCUUCAAAACUUGUUCAGGAUUUUAACUGAUUUGGAUUAUUUAGGAAAUGAUGGUAACUUGCCUAUUUUAUAUGCCCAAGAAACUUUGGCCUCGUGUAUGCUUUUGAGUAUUGUCCAGAUGAAAGACAAUUCAAAGUCAAAUUGUUUCAAAUUUGACUCUAAUGUCGUGAGAGCUGAUUUGAUUGUUAACUCAAUUAGAUUAUCUCAAUCUCCUCAAGUUCAAAAUAAGUUGUUAUUAGUUAUAGCUGAAUUAGCGGCUCUUGCGCCUGAAAUAAUUUUACAUUCUGUUAUGCCCAUCUUCACUUUUAUGGGUGCUCAUACAGUUAGACAAGAUGAUGAAUUCUCAAGUUCUGCCCUCCAACAAACUAUAGCAAAGGUGAUCCCGGCAUUAGCUGCAAAUGGCUCAUCCAGUUUAAGUUAUGAAAUUGAAUUUUUAUUAACUAGUUUUGUUGCUGCUUUUCAACAUAUUCCAAGACAUCGUCGUGUUAAACUAUUCACAUCAUUGACUAAAACUUUAAGUUACAAGCAUUCUUUACACAUUAUCUUAUUCUUAAUGGGCCAACAAUACUCCAGUAACGUAACAAGGAAUAAAGCCCAUGAAAGUAAUUCGAUAUUGGAAUUUACUUCUGCCUUCUUGAAGAACUUUUCAGCUCAGGAACAAUUAGAAGGAGUAGAGAAAUUUUACCAGUUAUGGAAUCAAAUUCCAAAUGCUCAAUUAGAACCAAAUAGCGACGAAUUUAAUGCUUUGAGUUCGAGGUCUAUUUUUGGAGUAUCAAUAUUAUCUCUAUCGAAAAGCGGCUUGUUGACUUUCAAAAGUCAAUUGUUGAAUUUUGUUGAUAAGGUAUUAGACUCAGAUACUCAAAAUGAUUUCAGUAACUUGCCAUCUUUGAAAUUAAAAAUUGCUCUUAUUUUAUUGGACCCAAAGAAACCUUCAGAAGACAAGACAAACCUCUUGAACUACUUCAGAAAAGUUACGUCGUUCAUAUUGUCUAGCUUAGAUACUUUUACGAAUGUUUCGAGGAAUGAUGUUUUACUUGACAAUUUGUAUACAUUGUUGGGUAAUUUCUUAGACUUGUUACCAUUGAAUUAUUUCAUUGAUUCAAUCAUCGAUUCCUUAGAUUGUGAUCAAAUUUCAAACACGUUAGAGAUCAAGAUUGCUAAAAACUUCGCUAUUUUGGCAAGUAGAAAGAUCGAAAAUGAGUUGAAUGCUAAUAAUAUUGAUGACGUUAUCGAAGAAAGUGUUCUCCGGAAAUUGUUACCAGUAUUAAACAAGGGUAUUAAAAAGAAUUUAGACAUUGAAUUACAACAAGCUUACUUGAAUGCCUUUUCGAGCAUUGUUAACAAAUUUGGUGGUUCUACCCAUGUAUUGGUAGCUCAAGGUAAUACCGAAGCAUUAAUUAACUCUUUGAAUAUUAUCACAUCACACAGUGGAUUAUUGAGUGAACAACCUGAAAUUGUUAUUUCUUCUAUAAAUGCUAUUACUAGUAUUGUUAAUGUUUUAGGUGUUAAAGCCAUUGGUUUAUUCCCAAAGAUUGUCCCUCCAUCAUUAAACAUCUGGAAAAAUACGACUGCUUCUGAAGAUGAAAGUUCCAAACUUUUGCAAGCUUCUAUUAUAUUGUUACUCGCUUGCUUGAUCAAAAAGAUACCCGCUUUCAUGACUACCAGUUUAGAUUCUAUUUUCAUCACAAUUUUAACUAGUGACUCAGUAGAUAAUACUGUGAGGUCAAGUGUGUUGCAGUUAAUUGUUGAGCAUAUGGAGUUAUCGCAGGUUUUAAAAUCCUUGUGUAAUAUUUGGAAUAACAAGAAGUUUUACCAAAAUGAUAAUGCUGGUAACCUCGGGUUAUACUUGAAUGUAUUGCAAUCAACUAUCGAAAGUAUGGAUAAGAAAUCAGCUUCAUCUCAAUCGACUUUAUUUAUGAAGUGGUUGAUCCAAGCUUUCGAAUUCAGACAUUAUGCUUUCGAUGAAAAUAAUAAGUUUGAUAACAACACUAUUCACAGAUUAGAGAGUUCUUUCCACUCUUGUGGUGUCAGCUAUGUCAUGAAGUUGAACGAUAAAAGUUUCCGUCCAUUAUUUGCCAACUUGGUUAGAUGGGCUUUUAACGGCGAAGGAUCUAACGCAACAGGUCACACCGAGUUAUCGAGAUUGUUGGCAUUCUUCAGAUUUUUCAGUAAGUUACAAGAUAAAUUGAAGAGCAUCAUCACCUCAUAUUUCUCCUAUUUAAUUGAUCCAGUUUCGUCGAUUUUGAACAGGUUUGCUAACGGUGAUAUCGUUGAUAUCAACUUGAGAAGAAUUUUGUUGAACUCGUUGACGUCAUCCUUCAAAUAUGACCAGGAUGACUACUGGUCGCAACAACUGAGAUUCGAUAGUAUCUGUUCUCCAUUGUUGAACCAAUUGUCGAACAUCGAGCCUAAUAUCGGUAAGUAUCUCGUCAAGUGUGUCUCUUCCUUCAUCUCCAACGUCUCGUCCGAAGAGUAUAACGAAAAAUUGGUACAUGGCUUGAUUGAGUUCAUCUCGAACGAAAACGAAUCUACAACCUCAAAUACAAAGAUCUGGACCAUUAGGACUUUGAAAACAAUCUUCCAAAAGAUGGGCGAACAAUGGUUGUCUUAUUUACCUACGUUGAUUCCAUAUAUUGCCGAAUUGUUAGAAGAUGAUGAUGAAGAAGUCGAAUUAGAAGUGAGAAAUGGCCUUGUACGUGUCAUUGAAAACGUGUUGGGCGAACCUUUAGAUAGAUACUUGGAUUAG